AUGCGAGCGGCUGCGGCGGCGUCUUCGCGCCUCCCGCCUCCCGCCUGCGCGGCGCGGCUGCCGCUGCGGAGGGGCUCGCGGCCCGGCCUCGCCUCUGCGGCGCGGCGCGGCUUCCUCGCCUCGCCCGUCGCCCGCCACGGCGACUUUGAGUGGCAGGACGCAAAGUCGCCAGACGAGGCUCGCACCCUCCCGUCCGCGAAGCUUCUCGGAACCUUCCUGCAGGUGCGGCGCGACGUGGCGGGGAAGGUUGGGGACAACCUGCUGUACCUCUGCCACCGGCUGCGCAUGUCGGGCCAGGUGCCCGAGAUCACACUCGAGGGCGCUUGCGAGGCGUCGCUCGCUUGCUCGACUUGCCACGUGAUUGUUGGAGACGGCCACUUCGACCGGCUGCCGGAGCCGAGCGAGGACGAGGAGGAUAUGCUCGACGAAGCUGUCUGUCUGACGGCGAGCAGUCGGCUGGGCUGCCAGAUCGUCCUCUCCAAGGAGCUCGAGGGGAUGGAGAUCACGCUGCCGGCGUACAGCAAGAACUUUUACGUGGACGGCCACGUCCCAGAGCCGCACUGA